AUGGCCACCCGCACCGUGCCCCACGCCUACCCCAUGAGCUCCGAGUACGAGUUUGCCAACCCCAGCAAGAUCUAUGACCAGAACUUUGGAGAAGGUGUGUCCCCAUCCGAAAUUUUAGCCCCUGCUUUGUACCACGGCUACUACAUCCGACCCAGGAUCAACAAGCAGCUGGAGAGGGGCACCUCGGAGAUCUGCCUGAACGAGCACAAGUUCCAGGUGUUCCUGGAUGUCUGCCAGUUCCUGCCCGACGAGCUCCGCGUCCGCACCGUGGACAACCUGCUGGAGGUGGUGGGGCAGCACCCACAGAAGGCUGAUCGCCACGGCUUCAUCUCCAGGGAGUUCACCAGGACCUACAUCCUGCCCCUGGAUGUGGAUCCCUUGCUGGUCAGGGCCACCCUGUCCCACGAUGGCAUCCUGAGCAUCGUGGCUCCCCGGACAGGCAAGGAGGUGAAGGCCAGAGUCAACGAGGUGAAGAUAACGCAGCAGGAGCAGCCAGUGGGAGAACAAGAACAGGCUGAGGAGGGAAAAGAGAAGGAAAAAUCCUAA